AUGACCAGCGAGGAGCUGCUUGCGCAGAUCGAGGCCACCAAAGCGCGAGUAGAAGCAGCACGGGCAAGGAACCGAGAACUCGACGCCGAGACCGCUGCCGCCCUCAAGCGGCAAAAGCUGCGUCGAGAGCUGGAAAGGCAUCAGGCGAUUCUGGACGAUCUCGAGACAGACAAUCUCGACGAGCAAGACUACAGAAUAGACAUUGAUGCGGACCGGGAUGGAGAUUGGAUGCGCGACACACCAAGCGCCAUGACAGCCAAGUCGCCUGGGCUUAGUGGUGGCUCCAUCGAUUUCGGUCACCAGAUCGUAAAAGGAGAGUACACCUGGAACCUCGUUGCGAUGUCGUGGCUUCAAACAGCGCUUCGCCAAAAUGAAAAUCAGAGAGUGGUUUCUGGAGAUUUCUUUGUGGACAGGUACAGAUUCGACUUCAGCUACAGUCCGUCCAGAGGCCAUCGCAUCGAUGGCAGUGACACGAGAGUCGGCUCUGUUGCCAUCCGAUCAUUCCCCCCAAAUCCAGUUUUGCCUCUUGCGUUUCGCUACAGCAUCUUUGUCGAGAGACGGGACGGGUCCUUCGUCCAGUGGGGUGAAACACGGGAUGAAGUGCGGCGUGGUAACUCGGUUGAAGUCUAUGGCCCGGAUGUGCAUGCAGAGGGCUCCCCUCCGUCAGUGAUCGGAAUCUUCGGCCUGACCCACGAACAGCUUCUGCGAUCGGAGUGGGUGAGGGACAACACUUUGAGUUUGAAGUUCGUUUUGGAAGUCCGUCCGUUUGGAACCCGAGUGACCAAUGUUCCAUUCAGACAGCCUGCGCAGUCUGUGGAUGUGCCGGAACCGACACUGCAUCGUGAUGCAGAAGCUCUGCUCGAGGAAGCUAGCAGCAGUGACGUGCUCUUCAGCGUGCAGGGCGAGGAAAUCCACGCACACUCACAAGUUCUCUGUGCGAGGUCGGAGGUGCUCAAAAAGCAGCUGAACUCAGGAAUGCAGGAGUCAGUGUCCAAAAUGAUCAUGGUUGAAGACUGCAAUGUGGCCACCUUCAAAUCCUUCUUAAGGUUUCUCUACACUGACAAGCUUCCGACUGUCGCGGACCUUGCAACAGAGCAGGCGAGCCAAGCUGUGAAGCAAGUCGGCAGUCGACAUCCCUCACAGAUGGAGGCAUUGUGGGCUGUCAGCCAUAAGUAUCAGGUAGUACGCCUGCAGCGGUGGUGCGAAGCACAGCUUUGCAAACAGCUCAGCAAAGAGCAGGUCUGCAGCGUCCUUCGCCAGGCGCACAUCUUCGAGGCCACGCAGCUCGAGAAGGCCUGUCUCUCCUACGUCAGAGAGAACCUGGCAGAGGUGCUCAAGCUUGAGGCGUAUACUGAUCUUAUCAGCAAAUGGCCCGAGAUCGCAUUGAAGAUUCAGCUCUUUUCAACCGGUGUGCCAGAAGCCGAGGCAGCGACAAUCUUGCAGGUGGUCUUCGCCCGGCGAGAGACCAAAACCACCGAGCAAAGGAUGCUGAUCUCCAAGGACCGCUUUCAGCUGCUUCACGUCGCUCUCCUCAGAGAGUACAUGGACCUCGAGUUUGCGAGCAACGCAGCUGGGGGACGGUAUUCCUACAGCCUGGAGAGGGUCAUCGAUGAUUUCAUCCUCUUCUGCAUUCUGGUGGGUAACGAUUUCCUGCCCUGCUUGCCAUUUGCAGAGAUCGGCGAGAGUGGGCUGGAGUACUUCUUCAGUGCCUACAAGGAGCACCUGAAGUCUGCAGCAGCUGAUCCGUGGCUCACAGGAGGUUGUGGGCAGAUCAACUUCAAGCAGCUGGCGCGGUUCUUGAAAAAGUAUGCGGAGGUUGAGGAUGGACUCCUCACGGCAGCCUGCGACGGCGGCGAGUGGGUGCUCGGAAAGCAGCGCUUGGUGGGGCCCUCCGAGGCCCCUACGCCACCCGAGUACACGCCAGACCUUCCCAUCGAACCACCGCCCACCUCCGAGUUGGCCCGCGUGCAGUGGUACGAGAUCAAGUUCGGCAUGGAUGUGGACACGCAUGCAGGCGUGCAGGAUCAGCGAAAGCUCUUUCAGUCGUACCUGGAGGGCCUGCAUUGGGUCAUGAGGUAUUACUUCCGGGGGCCAUCAGAGGCUUCCUGGAGUUGGUACUAUCCAUACUACCACGCGCCCAUGGCCUACGACCUGGCGCACUACGACAAACUUCCUCAGCCCGGGAUCGAACUCGAGGUGGGGCAGCCAUUCCGUCCGUUCCAGCAGCUGAUGGCGGUCUUGCCCUCCAGCUCCAAGUCGCUGCUGCCCGCCUGCUUCCAGUGGCUCUUCGACUCCCAGGAUUCGCCCAUCCUCAGCUUCUACCCGCAGAAGUUCGUGGUGGAUAUGGAUGGGGUAAAGGUGCCCUGGGGAGGCAUGACUUUGACGCUCUGGCUCGGUUUUGCGGGCCUUGUAAGCCCUAACCUCUCGCCCAGAAUUCCUUUCAUCGACCCGAUGUCCCUGGUGUCGGCCAUGGAGUCCUCGAAGCAGCAGAUGCUCAGUAAGGCUUCGUGGCGCCGGGGCUUUUUAGUCCCUAAUGAGGGAACAGGGUUUAGGGUGUUAGGGUUCAGGUUUGAGGGUAAAGGAUGCGUGUCACGGGUAAAUAUACGUUGA